AAUGCCGGCAGCAAAAGGUGCCGAGUUUCUGAUGUCGAUGGAGGCCGCGCCGUGUCCACGACGUUGGGGGCUUCAUUGUCUGCAGACGUUUCUUCUCACCAGCAUGCUGUACGUUGCGCUGACGAUGGGCUGGGUCAUUUGCAGCAUGCAUUCAACCGGCGGUCAGGGAGACUCGGUUUCGAUUGGGUUUGGCACGGUUUUGGAGAAGAUGCAUCAUCCGGUGACGAACACGCUUCAGAAACUUAAAGAUAAAGUGGAGGAGAUGCAUCGCACACCGACACCGCGGGAGCUGGAAGAGGUGGAACACGCGCGCUCCGUCCCGAACUUGCCAAGUGGUCAAAUUCAGUUGAGGAAUAUCACGUGUAUCGGGUGGCGAGCCACAGGCAAUUGCCAGUCUGAUGGGCCACGAGAGGUUUCAAAUGACCUGGACUGUCACCAAGAAGUCCCCGACGGAAGCUCAGGGUACUGCGAGGUGCAAGACGCCAAUACAGGAGAACUAUUCCGCGUUAUGCGACGGACGUGUGCGAAAUACAAAAAGUCGCACGUGUUCCGAUGCGCUGAUGCUCAUCAGUUCGUCAACUACCACGUCGAAGCGCUCGCUGCUGGACGAGAUGGAAUUGUCAUGGUCGUGUACCCCAAAUUGAUUGCUAGCGCGUAUGCUACUAUCCGCACUCUGCGUGACGUGCUCGGUUGUAGUCUUCCCAUUGAAAUUUGGUUUCGACAAGACGAGAUUGAUCGGGUACCGAGAUCAAUCAGCCCACUUCAACAACUAGCACAGAAUGUGACUGUAAGCCAGAUUUUCUUUCGAAAGAUCAAUGACUCUCAGGCUGUUCGAUUCGGAGCCAAGAUAUUUGCCCUGUACAACAGUGGAUUUGAGCGCAUUCUGUUCCUCGACGCUGAUAACGUGCCUGUGCGAGACCCGGCGUCCUUGUUCAAAUCUCCUGAAUUUGAGAAGACUGGUGCUGUCUUCUGGCCAGAUUACUGGAACCCGCACUACACGAUCUUUCAUCUCCAUGAAGACUCGUUGCUGUGGGAACUUCUCGACAUGCCUUACGUCGACAUGUUUGAACAAGAAAGCGGGCAAAUGCUAAUUGACCGACGAAGGCACGCGGCACCGCUCGAGCUCGUCCGCUUCUUUGCGUUCCACCAGCCGAACCCUCUCGAAAAGCUCAAGCUUUUAUGGGGGGAUAAAGACCUUUUCCGCUUUGCUUGGAUAAAGCUAAACGUCCCAUUCUACAUGAUCCAAACGCCACCCGCUGUCGCUGGUGCAGUGAACGGUACCUCAUUUUGUGGUAUGACGAUGGUACAGCAUGAUGCAGAGGGUAAAGUAGUAUUCCUACACCGCAACGCCAAGAAGCUUACGGGCGAAGUUCUGUAUAAGCCUGUGAACUAUCACAUUGAGGCCAGGAAGCGUCUCAGGUCGAGGUGGAUUAAGCAGGGUAUUCACAAGAUUGCAACCGAGGAGGAAGUGGUCGCAGAGCUCAUGACGAUGAAGAAAACGCCACCACCACCUCUUGAACCCGCCGAGCCUGAUGGAAUUGCGGACCAGAUCAUUUGGACGCAUAUGUUGUCGUUCCGCAAAGACGCUCCUCGCUCGGAGUACAAGGUCAAGUCGUUCUCUGCAUCACCUGACUUUCCUGAGAAACAAAGGUGUUACGGUGAGCGUGACUUUGCUAGAAGCAAAUACUUCGACAUGCAGAGUUUCGAUGAGCUGAGUUUUUCGAAGCUUGAAUCGCAUGUGCGGCGCUUUGCCAUGGAAGCUGCACAAAUUCGCCACGGUUAG